AUGGAAACGGGAGCCCGCGAGGGUCGCAGCGGUCGAAAGGAGUCCCCGGAAAUCUGCCCUCCGGGAUUACUGGUGUUCGCCGGCUCUUCGGAACUGGAUGCCAGCUUGGCUAAGCAGUUCUGGCUCCGGGCUUCCCUGUAUCCCCCGAGUGAAUCCCAGCUGGUGCUGCGCCAGGGUAGCAGUCAGCGUCUGCCGGUGGCGCGGGCCUCCCAGAGAGUCGCGCACGAGAAAAGUCACUCCCAGCCUUCUCCCCUUGAGAGGAACAAGAAUCCAGACAUCAUUGCUGAAGCCCUAAAGAUGCAAGAAUCUGAGGAGAAAAUGAAUUAUCUCCAAAAGGCUAAGAAGAGAGAUGAGAUUCUCCAACUCUUACGAAAACAAAGAGAAGAAAGGAUCACGCCAGACUUAGCAUGCAAGGGUGGAGCAAAACUAACCCAAUCAAGAGAUAAUGAUUUAUCUAAGAGUAAAAUAGGAUUUCACAGCUUAAUGGUCUUCCUGGCCGGUGGGCACCCGCCUGAGCAUCUGUUCUUUGAGCCCACCGUUGCUUCCCAGGGGUAG